UUGUCAGAAAAAUGUCUAGUUCCACCAAGUACGACACUAUAAUUAUCGGCUCCGGGCAAGGUGGCACACCACUCGCCAGAGCGUUCGCAGAAGGCAACUACAAAACCGCCCUCAUCGAGCGAGAGCACAUCGGCGGAUGCUGCAUUAAUGAAGGAUGCACUCCUACAAAAACCAUGAUUGCUUCUGGAAGAGUCGCGCAUUUAACCCGUAGGGGACCGGAGUACGGUGUUCAUAUGCCUGGUCAAAGGAGUGUGAGGAAUGAAGUGGCGGUUGAUAUGGGAAAGGUUCGGCAGAGGAAACGCGAUAUCGUCGAUUCGUUUCGAACGGGAAAUGAAAAUAGAACACAAGGUGCUGGUGUAGAUAUUCUGAUGGGCGAAGCGAGCUUUAUCGAUGCAAAGACUGUUAAAGUCACGAUGACUGAUGGGAAUGAGAAGGUGGUGAAUGGAGAGAGGAUCGUGAUCAACACGGGUUGUCGGCCAGCAAUUCCCAGGCUUGAUGGCCUCGAUGAGAUCCCGAAAGAGAGGGUUUUAGAUUCAACAUCAAUCAUGGAGCUGGACAAAGUGCCCGGCCAUCUGGUGGUUGUUGGAGGUGCCUAUGUUGGCGCUGAGUUUGGUCAAUUGUUCAGAAGGUUUGGAGCAAAGGUUACCAUUCUGCAUCGAGGGAAGCAAUUACUUCCACGGGAGGAUACAGAACUGGCAGAUAUGCUUCUGGAUGUGUUUAAAGAGGAAGACAUUACUGUAUGUCUACAGACUACGCCCAUUGGCGUUUCAUCAGUCUCCAACGGAUCGUUUGCUGUUUCUAUCAACACCAAAAAUGGCAAAGAGACCAUCAAAGAGGCCACGCAUAUUUUAUUUGCAGUCGGUCGAGUACCAAACACAGAGUUCCUAAGACCUGAGAAGGCAGGCGUCAAAACAGACGCAAAAGGGCAUAUUGUGACGAAUGAAUACCUCGAGACAUCUGCACCUUCUAUCUAUGCAAUGGGCGACGUCAAGGGUCCACCCGCUUUCACGCACAUCUCAUACGACGAUUUUCGUAUUCUGAAGUCAUGUCUACUCCCGUCAGCCAACUCUCCAGUCACUAAACGGUCUAUCACCGAUCGAGUCGUUCCAUAUGUAGCCUAUACAGACCCCCAAUUCGCCCAUGUCGGGCUGCACGAGCACGAGGCACGCGAAAAAUACCCACACAAAAAGAUAAUGACCGCACAAAUGCCGAUGAGCUACGUUGCACGAGCACUAGAGACAGAUGAAACGCAAGGCGCGAUGAAGGCAGUGGUCGAUGGAGACACCGGGCUGAUUCUGGGAUUUUCCUGUUUGGGCGCCGAGGCUGGAGAGCUGAUGAGUGCUGUUGAGAUAGCCAUGGUGGGCAACAUUCCCUAUCAGAAAUUGCAAGAUGCAGUGUUUGCCCAUCCUGCGUUUGCCGAGAGUUUAAAUAAUCUCUGGGGUUUCUUGAAGUGAAGUGAUGCUCUUUUGUCCGUCUAGGUAGGGAUAUCAAGGGAUGAGAAUGUGAUUGUUUGAAACAUCAGCCAGGGAGGAUGGAUUAUUAGUUCUCAAACAUCAACUAUUAAUGACGCCUUAAUUUAAUUUUUUUUUUUUUUUUUUUUUUUUUGUCUCCCUGU